GCAUUUUUCUUCUUUCAUUUCAUCGACGGACGACGAAGCGUUCGUUCGAUCGUUUGUUCAACGUCAUCUUUUAUCCCUGUAAUGUCUUAUUUCUACGUCCCACAUGCUUAGGGGUAACCGAAUAAAGAAAAAAUCCAAGAAUCCCCGCACAAGAAGAAAAGUACGAGCGACGGCAAACGUAAAUGUGAACUCAAAAGUGCGUGAAUAAAAUAACGAGGUUCUUGUCCGUCCGGUUCGAUCUGGAUUAGAGCAGUUUGGACCGCAAGUCGGGCUCCCUUCCCCUCGUAUCCCUUUACUAGGAAGUUUAGUGGUGUGUUAUUAAGACUUUAUUUUAAUUAUAUUUGUCUAUUAGUGCGUUUUUGUGGUGUAUUAGUUAAAUAAAAGCAAUCCAAAAUGUCUGAAGAAUCGUCAGCAGAUCGCAAUGUCGAAAUAUGGAAGAUCAAGAAGCUGAUCAAGAGCUUGGAAAUGGCGAGAGGAAACGGGACCUCAAUGAUAUCCCUGAUCAUUCCGCCCAAGGAUCAGAUCUCGCGGGUGUCCAAGAUGUUGGCGGACGAAUUCGGUACCGCUUCCAACAUCAAGUCGCGAGUCAACCGUCUGUCUGUGUUGGGCGCCAUCACUUCUGUACAGCACCGUCUCAAGCUGUAUACUAAAGUACCACCAAACGGCCUGGUCAUCUACUGCGGUACCAUCGUCACCGAAGAAGGCAAAGAAAAGAAGGUUAACAUCGAUUUCGAACCGUUCAAGCCUAUCAAUACUUCUCUCUACCUAUGCGACAAUAAGUUCCAUACAGAAGCUCUGACCGCACUACUGGCUGACGACAAUAAGUUCGGUUUUAUCGUCAUGGACGGUAAUGGAGCGCUUUUUGGUACGCUGCAGGGUAAUACGAGGGAGGUUCUCCACAAAUUCACAGUCGACCUGCCGAAGAAGCACGGUCGUGGUGGUCAGUCCGCCUUGCGUUUCGCUCGUCUGCGUAUGGAGAAACGUCACAACUACGUGCGUAAAGUCGCUGAGGUUGCCACCCAGUUGUUCAUCAGCGCCGAUCGGCCAAACGUUGCUGGCCUGAUUCUGGCCGGUUCGGCCGACUUUAAGACUGAGCUGUCGCAGUCCGAUAUGUUUGAUCCGCGUCUGCAAGCCAAGAUCAUCAAGCUAGUGGAUGUAUCCUACGGCGGCGAGAACGGGUUCAACCAAGCCAUCGAGCUGGCGGCCGAGUCGCUGCAGAACGUCAAGUUUAUACAGGAGAAGAAACUCAUUGGCAGAUACUUUGAUGAGAUCUCACAGGACACUGGAAAAUAUUGUUUCGGUGUGGACGACACACUGCGCGCUCUGGAGCUCGGCGCCGUCGAGACGCUCAUCUGCUGGGAGAACUUGGACAUACAGAGAUACGUGCUGAAGCUGCAUGCUACCAACCAGGAGACCAUCCUACAUCUGACCCCCGAACAGGAGAAGGACAAGUCACAUUUCACCGACAAAGAAAGCGGCGUAGAACUGGAGCUGGUGGAAUGCCAGCCGCUGCUGGAGUGGCUCGCCAACAACUACAAGUCGUUCGGCGCCACGCUCGAGAUCAUCACCGACAAGAGUCAGGAGGGCAGCCAGUUUGUGCGCGGCUUCGGUGGUAUCGGCGGAAUUCUUCGUUACAAAGUGGAUUUUCAAUCUCUACAGCUAGACGAACCGCUGGACGAUGUAGACCUAGACGAUUAUUAAAAGAUACACGUUUCACUUAUCUCAGGAGAAAACAUAAAAAUCGCCAUUACAACACUCUCUUAGUAUAGGACUUAUUGAUUGCCGUACUUUUUUGUGUGUCGUUACGGGUCGACGCUGCGUUCUUUUUUCGAACUUCAAAAAAUAAAAAUUAUAUCCGAAUAAAAAAAAAUACAAAUCUGGGUAACGGCCUGUACGAUUAAUUUGUAAGUAGACGAAGGAGGUUGAUACCCUUUUAUGUAUAAUGAAAUGGCCCAGUACUUUGUAAAAGGAUGAAAUUGUAACUUAGUAUGCAUAAAUUCUGGCCCAAUUUGAGAAACUGUAAAAUGUAUUGUCCAUACAUUUUAGUCUCGAAAACUAAAGAUGUUGUAAAUGUUCAAGUAGUAUAGAAUGGUUUAACAUGACGUCCACUUUUAUCUAUAUGUUUGUCUCAAUCAUACGACUUCAUUAUGGAAACCAAUCGUUUUAGGAAAUAAAGUUCUCAAGUAAUAUGUUUACCACCGAUUUUUGAGAGUUGUUUCAAUUUAAAACCAGAAAUAUAUCUCGACGGUGAUAAUUGGCCUACAUAGAAACUAAAAAAAAAAACGCAGCGUCAAAACGCCCAAAACGACGUUUUCUUUUGUCUAGUUAAUACUCCUAGUACUAGUUUAAACCUCUUUUCUCAUUAAUUUAUUGAUGUUUUAUUAUAUUCUCAUUGCUUUAGUACACACCACGCCGUCUAUACAGUCUCCCUUCACGUAUGUAGUUCUAUCGUUUGUUUGUGUUCGAUGUUGAACAUCGGGAUUAUUACGAAGUUGCACGAAGUUUUACGAAGUCUUACUAACGGUCGUGGCAGAUCGUUUUGAGGCUUCUACCAGUGCCGGACUAAGCAAGCGCGGGGCCCAUAGCAAAAUUAGCGCGGGGCCCCCUAAUUCUCAAAAGAAAAUGCAUAAAAAUAGGUUUGGGCCCCCCUUAGAGGAGGAGGGAUCCGUAGCUACUCUUACUAUACGGUUGUAUAAUGCGUAAUCCGUCACUUGCAACUACUGUCUUAUGUCCUUUCAAAUAAGGUUUAAGAUCUCCGUACCAAAUAUGUUUCGAAACAGUGCACCUGUUUUACCCUUAAAGCUUAAUAUGAAUACGGAGGGGAUCUACCGACAUUGCGAAGGAAAGUUAUGUAUUUAUAACGCACAAGCUCCAGGUGUAUACUAUUAACUCACUCUCAAAGUUCAGAUACAGACCAGAUUAGUACUAUUUGCUUAUACUUCAAUUAUACUGCCUAACAGAUAGGUCUACAAUAUGGUAAAGCUGUUCAAAGUAAUGUCAGUUCACGCCAAACUUUGUGCCAUCAUUGCGCAGAUACCAAUUUUUACAUGUGAACCACAGCGUGAACCAAGCUUGUAGCUGUCGCUCCUGACUGCUUCAAGCGGUCUGUGUAUUACCGGCCUUUGCCGGGAUUCGAUCCCUAGGAUUUUAGAUUCAAACCAGCGUAUCUAACUACUAUGCUACGCCGAGUCUUCUACAGUCUGUGAAAUUCUGCACCUUAUUCGAAAAGGACAUUACAUGCAUAGUUAUAUUAAAAUAGGUAAAAUAUUUAGUGGCCUUAUUAAUACGAAACUAACGUUACCCAAUGGCAGUUGAAUGUAUUUUAAGGGCCAAUCCCUAUAUUCGAUCCAUCUCUUGGCCUUGCUUACUAGCGAUAGAAUUUUGACAUACAAAAGAAUGUUAAAUUCCUAUCUCUAGUAGGAGAAAUAAAAGAUGUAUAGAAUAUAAGGAACGGCCAUUUGUCAUUAAACCAAUUAAAUGUAGUAUUAAAAUAAUAUUGAGAGAUUUUUUAUAAAAAAAACGCGGUUUUUUUGCAAGUAAAACGUAAUAAUCCCGAUUUAUAGUUAUUCGUUUUUAUUGUACUUCUCUUAUAUGCAACAGUAUAUAGAUCAUUUAUAUAUCAGUAAUAAUAUACACAAAAAUAACUUUAAAAAUAUAUAGUGGGUACACGUUUUGAAAUUAUUUGUUUAAGCAUCCAACAUUUUUAUAAGAAAGUAAUAAAUUGUGUGUGCUAGAAACAUGCGCUCCAAGCAAUUAGCAGAAACAGUUUUCAAAAUUUCAGUUUACUA